CUCCUAUUCAGAAGGUGGCGGUAAUGCACCUAAAAGCUGUUUGCCAACCGCCAAAGGAAAAAAAAGAGGCAGGCAGCAACAACAACAACGCUACGGGUAGAUCACAGGAAGCUUACUCCAAAUGACAAACUGAAUUGGCACAGCUCCCGACUGUCGGUCGCCACAAAUCAGCCUAAUUUGAAUGGAUGUAGUGUUGCACUACAAGAAAAAUGGUCCAAACGAUAUGGUCACAGUUGCUGAGAGGGCACUAGAGGAUUUCCCUCGCCGUGUGCUGCCCACCUUUAGGCCAUGGUUUCCUACGCAUGAGGACCAAUACCUGCCUAUCAGACCUCUGAAGAGAGCCCCAAUUGUUCUGGCGGAGGACUUGAAGGGGUUGCUUUUACACCAGCCGUCUCCGGAGCCAUUGGUGUCAUUUACUGAACCACAGCCCAUUUCUCUGUGUAGAGGGAACAAAUGUCUUACCGAGAAGCCUCAGGUGACACUUUUGGAAUGUGCAGAUGAUUGCGACUAUGUCAAGACGUCAGAGGAGAAUGAAAACACAACCAAGAGGUUUAGGCGUUCAUGGAGUGUCUUCGCCUCAGGUGCAAAAUUCAGCGAGAACACUCAGACACUUUCUAAACAGUUCCAAAAGCUUAUUGAAAGACACGGUCUUGAACUACGCCAAAGAGCCAAAUGGAUAAUUGGUGAAGUGAACUGUGGACCGCGCCACAUAGAAAGUGUCUGGGCAAAAAUAACUCGGGCUGUGCGGCAAUCCAAACUCCCAACAUGCAAUGCAAAUUUUCAGAGAAAUAUAUCGCAGAUAUGGGUGUUCUGCGAUGUAAUUUAUGGAGAAUAUAUUGGGAACUUUCUCAAAAAAGAGUUCCAUCUGAAUGGACAGCUAAGUUUUGCCGUUCAUAAACAUGGCAACAUAUUCAGUUGUUAGAGCUGAUUUGGAGUCUCUUUGUGAACGGUUUGAAUGAAUUACAUAUUGAAAAAUCAAUUAUUUAUCAAUUAAAAUAUUUAUACUUUUAAGGUUUCUGGUUUAGUUUGAUGUCUACCUAAUUGGGACGUAAUCAGAUGCUGUGUAAAGUAUGCUUGCCACAGAGAGAGCACCUGUAACAAUGAUUUUUCAAAGAGAUGUAUUGUAUAUAAUAAUUCUUCAUUAUUUAAUUAGAUAAAAGUAUGCAAAAAACUUUUUUUUAUAAAUAAUUGAUAUUUUGCCUAGAUAGCAAUCAACAUAAGGUUCCGUUUCAAUAUAUGGGAACAAGGUAAUUUAUCGCCUGGGUAACACUGGCUGUAAGAAAAGAUCCCCUCUGAGCUCCAGAACAUUAAUGGAUAAGGGAUAGAAUUGCUUUACAGAACAAGGUUAUAUAUUUAGGGACCUAAUUUACAGCUCCCUUCAGAAUUAUAGGCACCCUUGGUAGAGUUUAUCCAUGGAAUUCCCCACUUUUUAUCCAUGAAGUUUAGAUCAGAUGACUUAGAUGGCAAUGGCAGAAGCUUGAUUUUGUGUUCAGUAAAUCAUUUUUGGUUUGAUCUGGACAUGUGUUUUGGCUCAUUGACCUGAUGAAUGAUCCAAUCAUGACAAUCUGGAGUUCAUGAUGUAUGAAUAAUGUUCUCAGGGCCUUAAUAAAAUAAAAACAGCCACACAAUAUCACAUACCUUUCACCAUAGUCAUCAUUAGGCAUGGGGUUCUUUCAGUAUAGUUAUUCUUAUAUGUAUACCAAAUCCACCUAGAGUGUUUCUUGCCAAAGAGAGCAAUUUUAAUUUAAUCUGAUAAUAGAUCAUGACUCCAGACAAAGUCACUCUAGCAUUCAGUCAUUUCUCACAUUUACAUUUGUAAUUAAAUGACAGGGAAGGCAUUUAGAGGCAUGCCCUCUAAAUAAUAUUUUAAUACUGAGGUAACUUUUGAAGAUUCUUUUGGAGACUUGGUGACCCCAAAGUUCUUCCUGUAACUCUCCCAUAGUGAUUCUUCUGGAUGUUUUGCCUCUCCGACUCACUGUAUGUGGGCAAGAUAAACAUGGAUCUUUGUCCAAACAUGUUCAUCACAUUUACAGUGUACAGUUUUAAAAUAUUAUUUUCACUGUAAAUAUAGCCAUUCCCUGGCCUACAAAGGUCAACGCACAAGAUUUUCUAGGGGCGCCUAGUUACAUUUUUUGUUAAAAAAUAAAAAAAUAUUUAUUUAUUUAUGAGAUGUCUUUCUGAGAAUAAAUUAGCUUCCUUUGAAAGUGGGAUUUUUCCUCGUUUUCAUUGUGAGAUUACCAUAAAUUACCAGGGGUGCCAAUAAUUAGGAGGGCACUGUAAAUGGCAAAGUCUAAAGUCUAGCUAAAGCUAAUUUAAUAAUGAGGCAAAACCUAUUUGAAUUCACAGUAAAUCUAAUCUAGUACCAAGACCAAGAUCUGAAACAGAAACAUUGGUUGUCCAGCUCAAUGCUCCCACAUGCCUCAGGAUAGCUUUAGUUCAUGUACAAGACAUUUUUCACAUUGAGUGACUUUGUACAUUGCCUGCCAUUUGAAUUGCAGCCCCAUAUGUUUAUAGCUUUGUGAAUGUGGCUAGAGUGAAAAUGCUGAGCUAAUAAAUUCUCUGCAGUUCAUGGGAUCUAAGGUGGUCUGUUAAAUCAGAAGUUAGAGUGUCUGUUGGCAGCAAUCAGACACAAAUAGACUCAAGUCUCAUUACAAAAGUCAACAGUAACCUCUAACUGUGUCUGAAACUAUGGCAUAUUUGGUCAGGAAAGUCUUUGAAAAUAUGUUUUUUCUAAUGCUUUGACAUCCAUUGAUAACAUUAACACAUGCAUAUAACAGUGAUUGCUGUUGUUGGUAUCACAUACUGACCUUCUGACAUAUCAGAUACAGACAUACUCUGAUAUCUAAGCUAGAAUCAAGCACAAAAUGAAAGAAUGAGUAGUAGGUAUUGCAUUAUGCAUUGAAUGUAGAAAGCAAAAUGUGCAUUGUUUUGUGCAUUGCCACUCACAAGAUAAUUCUCCCCUCUGAUAGUAGUGGGCAGGAAUGAUGUCCUUGUCCAUUAUACUAUGUUGCUGUGUGUGCAACAAUACAUUCUAGGGCUCCAGUGUAUCAUCCAGUCAUCUUGCUAAUCAGUUUUGCACUCUAUUGUUAUCCGAUUUCUUC